UUCUUUUUGUUAAAAACGUAGGCAAACGUCCAAAGGCAACAGAUAAACGAUUGUUUGCAAUCAUCCAAUUCAAAUAAAUCCAAACGUCGCUAAAAAAAAACAACAUGGACAGCGUUUUCAUGCCGGGCGGCGAUACAGGAAACGGAAAUACGUCAUCAUGGUGGGACGCAGGCGCACAGAACUAACCGCCAACUUUCAAGUGACAGACAGUUGUCGAGUCGCUCGUCUGAAAAUGGCGCAGACAGAGAAGUUUAAGAAGGCGAGAGCGGACUCCACUUACGACACUUUCGACUGCUCCUCACUCACCGCCUCUCCCCUGAAAGAAAAGUCCCCGUGUCCGGCGGAAGACGAGGACGCUGACGACCCCCCGGUGGUGUUUUUGUGCGGCACGUGCAAGUUACCAGUCGGCGACUCCCUGUCCUGGGACGGCUGUGAGAACGACGAGAACCAGAUCCGGAUCACACGCGCCACUGAUAACGUCAUCGUCGGAAAGGAGACUCGAAUGCAUGAAGUGAAGAAAGGCUCCACCUGCCUCGUGCUUGAUCUGGCGUGUGGCGGCUGUCGUUCUUCCUUGGGCAUGAUUUACACCUCGACACCACGAAACCUGGACCACAAGAGACUGGCCUUUUGCUUCAGCGUGGCAAAUCUCGACAGUUAUGUGCUGGGCUCUGCCUCGCAGGUGUUGACAGCAGAGGGAGCCAGAGAGCAGCCCGUCCCGCUGAAGCGCAGCAGCCGCGUGGAGCAGGACCUGACGGAGAUGAAGCUGCUGGUGCUGUCGCUGGCCCAGAGGCUGGAGGCCCUGGAGUGUGGCAAGGAGGAUGUGACGCUGAAGUGAUGGAUGUGCACACGUGCUGCUGUCCGGCCGCAAGCUUACGACGUGCUCUUCUCUCCGCUGUGCUCUCAUUGCUCUUCCUCCGUGGGUGAGCUGCCGUGUCCUCACACAAACACCAGCGUACGCAGCUCACCACGGAGAAACAAAGACCGGGCCCUCUGGUAAUCCAUCACCUUGUCAGCCGCGCCGCGCCGCACGCUGCCGUCUCGGUGCUUAUUUGCGGGCUGCACACUCAGCGCCACGGCGUAUUGAUCGGCUUUCUCUUCUUUGUUCUCCCUCAAAACAACUCUUCCAUCCCUGAGUUGAACGGCCGGCGUGUACAGCCAAUAAACUGUGGAUCAUCCUUCUGAUCAUGUCGUCUCUGACCGCUGCCGUGGCCAGGGUCAUCCGGCGAGGCACCACUCUCUGCUUGUAAGUCUGCAGGUUUGUUGGGACACUGAGCCCUAAUAUGCCCAGCAACACUUUCCAACAUGGUCGGCCAUGUUGCUCCCUCAGCAGCAACAACAACAACAGGAGCGGCGGGUCCAACCAGCACGCUGUAUCCAAGGGCCGGUUGCCUGGCAACUGAGCGCGUGCUUCAGCGGCUGCCUGUUGCCGUCUCGUCAUCACUCACGCCGCCGCCCCUCUCCCCCUCCCUCCUCGCACCCUAAUCCGUGUGGGAUGUUUUCCUCACUGCUCAACCCCCCCCCCCUCCCUCUGUUAUCUGGCGGAAACAAGUCAAAACAACAACAAACAGCCCGCGUGGACACGCCACGGCGACUGCCUCACCACGCGCUCGCCUGCUUUCUCUCUAUUGCUCCGCCGGGCGCAGCUAUUGCACCAGACAAAUAUCACUCCAGCGUCUCCACUCGGGGACAAAGGAUGAAUAAUGCAGAGUCUGGUCGAAAGUGGCCUCCCUCUCCCUGGUUUCACCUUCCUCAGCAAUGAGGAGCCAAUGUUGCCAUGGAGGCACCGAAGCCUCGGAGCCAUCAGCCAAUGAGAGCCCUUCCUGCCUCAGCCAUCCCACCAAUGGCCUGUCCAGCUGAGGCCGCUGUUUUGACACACACAGGGCUGCGAUUGGCUGAGCCCUGCUCUUUGAUUCAAGGCCUGAUCUUGUUUUGGAGAGGAACGAGAGCCACCUGUGUGCGUCCCCACAUGCUCGGUUUGGAAACGACUGUGUUGAUGGGUUUCUUCACUGCCACGUAGCAUUCAAAGACGCUCCUGUUUUUUGUGAAUUCAGAAUCUAUUUUGUGAUUCUGGUCGCCACAAGUCCACGGUGGGACUGGGAAGUGAGCAGCACUGAGACACUGGAGCACCUGAACUCCUCCAAACCCAUCGUCUGUCUUUCUUUCCAAAAUAAAGUCUAUACUUGUGGCUGACUUCUUGGCUCCUCACCUUCUUCUUAUAAAUGAAUUGUAUUGUUUGUGAUUCAUCUCAUGACCUUUGGUUCUCCUGGGGUUUUUUUUUAAAUGUGACUUCUUUCAAAGCUUUUCUACUCUACUGCGUCUGCGUACUGUUUGAAGCCAUGAGCUCAGUCUCUGUCUGAGCUCUGCUAUCCAGAACCAAAGUUCUCUUCUUGAAUUCGUCGCCUGCGUCCUGGCGCUCGGGGUGAAGGGCACAACCCAGCCGCUUUGGCCAGAGCUGGGGGACACCCUGGAAAGCGCGCC